UUGGCCGGCUUUGUCCAGUGCUCUCUCUCUCUCUCUCUCUCUCUCUCUCGCUCUCUUGAUUCAGGCCGUCAACUCUCGACUUGAUAAGUGUAUUUCUAAGCUGUUGUAUAGGUAAUGUUGUGAUGGAGUGACUCAAAAGCUGUAGUGAAGAUAAUAGAGCAGCGCGAGAGGAAAAACAACCAAAACUAAACCAAAUGAAUGUAUGAUCGACGAUCACUUGCUGAGAGGCAGAGGGAAAGAGGGGAUAGAAAACUGGUUUAGGAAAUCCUUAAAAGACGGACACGGUAUGAUUCAAGUGAUUCAAUCAAAAAAAGCCACAGAAAAGAUAAAGGAAAAGAGGUGUAAGUUUCGUAUGGAAAAUGAAACCCAAAUUAGGGAGAAGCGAUGAGGAAGUGAAACAAAUGAUAAAAAAGCAACCAAAAAGAAAAAAGGAACGAAAGAAGAGCGAUAGCAGGAGGUGAAAUAAAACCAAAACUAUCUAGUUAAACUAACACACGGAAACCGACUGAGCCGGUAACCGAAUUGAUAACUUUCGUGCACUAUUUGUAAAACGGGGGGUUUGUGUGUAUGGGUGGGCGGAAACUAGGCAAUCCGGGAUGCGUUACACUCAGACUAGAGAUUAAAAAAAAGAAUGAAAGUGAAAGAAAUGAAAGAGAGAAAGAGAAAAUUAAAAACAAAUGCAACAAGUAGGUAAUCAUGAUACUCGAUCCCUCCCUUCCAAGAAAACCCCUGAAUCGAGAAGGAACGAAACUCUUCAGAGUCCUUUCGAGUAUGGACCAUGGUCCUGGUGCGCCUGUUUAACACGAAAGGCUAAACGGCAUUACGCGCAGAGACUCUCCUCCCGGGAGGCGGGGCACAGGCCUUGGAAAUGGAAGUUACCAUUUGAAUAGAGAAAUCCUAAAGUGAAGAGACGAAAGGAUCGUGAUCGUGAAGUGCAGGGCACUACUACUACCUACAAAUGCGCACACACAUACACCAAAAACACACACACACUCAUACAUUCCAAAAACCAAAGCAAAACGAUAUUAUGCAAUUGAUAGAGACCGUCUAGUAAGUCGCGGAGCUGUGCAAGCACUGACGAUUCUUUCUACCAGCAGCAGCAGCUGCAGCAGCAACAGCAACAGCAUGUAUUACGAAAAAAUGGCGUUGCAUUGAGAUGAAAGAAUCGAGAGUGGAACUACCAAACUCCAACCGAUGGACUUUGUUUAGGUGUAAAUACAGAACGGGCGAAUGAAGAUGAGAUGCAAAAAAAAAAGAAACGCAGCAGAUGAUAGUGAGUGAUUGAACAAACGCGGACCGUGGACGAAGGGAAGGGAAAUGAUUUAUAAAAUGCAGGCAAAGACCGGCCCCUCCCGCUGGGGCUAAAGCGAAUGAAUGUAGUGGCAGAGUAAACGAAAUAC